GGUCUAUAUGACGUCAUCGAACGUUCGAGUGUUACCACUCGUGUAACCGGUUUUCUGUUACUUUUUUGUCGAAUGUUUGCCAACCUGUAAUGUCUUUUCAUUGUUUGAAUGUUUUUCUUUAUUCUUUUUCUUUCUUUCAUCUUCGCCUUCUCGGAACGGUUUGUUUUGUUGAUAACUCGUGCUUCAUUUAUUUUUGCAUAAAUGAAUCUUACUGGAAAUCUUCAGAUUUGCGUAAGCAUUGAAAAGAAAUUGUUCGUAUUUUGUAAAGUAUUUUGAUACCGAAAGGUUCGAGUGUUGUGACAAUAUCCGAGUACUUGCAUCUAAUUGCUCUGAUACGUUCGCCGGUUCUCGCUUCACGAUCACGUUGAACUGAAAAUGAGAUAAGAUCGCUCGUAUAUUUUACCAAGUGUUUUGAGUAAUUCACUGUAGCGGCUGUUUUCUAGGACGAAUAUUAGCUGAUUUCCAGAUUACCUGGAGUGAAAUCAUGUCUUCGCUCGAACCUUUGUGCAAUUUUCGGCGGAAUCCGCGCAGCCUGGAACAUCUAGCUGCGGUGGUGUCUGCUGCGGUGUUGUGUCGUCAAGCUGCCAUGAUGAACCCAACCAAUCCUCCUGAAAAAGUUCAAGAGAUCAUCUCCAUCGCAUUGCCAUCAGCCAUCGAGCAAAAGAUCGGCCGUUUUAUGCCGCUCGUGAAAAAACAAAUUACAUCAUGGAGCAAUUUAUACGAUAUGGAGAUAUUCUUCGAUAAACGAGCUCGAGAAUAUUUCCAGGUUUUGGUUUGGUCGGCCGAUGGCACCAUUAAUGACGAAGAAACCGCUCGUGAAAUGCUGAAACAAGACGAUUUGGACGCCGACGAGAAAUACAGAAUCGCGUGUAUUCAUUGUUUACAAAAUGAGAUCAAAACGUUGAGAUCGAAUUUGAAUACGAAGAUGAACUUGCGAAAAACAGACACAUUUUAUCCGUUGGUGUGUUAUUGGGAAGCCGUUUGCGGAAAUGAUAUCAGUGCCACAUCGACUGAAUUUAUCACCCAAGAAUCGUCCAAUAUCGAAUACACGUCUCCAGUCUGCGCUAUCGAUUAUUUCUUGGACCGUUUAACUCUCGACGAACGAAUCUCUGUUUUACAAGAAUCCUAUUUGCAGAAAACAACGUUUAGAAGUUGGGAAAAUUUUCUGAUGAAAUUGAGUAACGAAGUGCUAGUGUCAGUACUUUGUGAUUCAGAAACAUGGAAACACGUCAAUAUAGAACACUACCGUUUCGAUUAUUUGAUGAAAUUCUGGAUGCAUGCAGAUUUUGUGGUGCAAAUUUGGAUGCGUAUACGUGACAGCUAUGAUGAUUAUGAAUUUUCUAUGCUAAUCGAAAAGCUUUUGAAGUGCGAAGAUUCUGCAUUCCAAUCGACUGAUCAUAUUUCUCUGGCCGUGGAAAUCUUCAAUCUCGCUCCUUACGAAUUGCGAAAAGCUGCAUUUGAUGAGUACAUAAAUGAGUGGUGGUGGGAUCGUGAUUCCAACUUGGCAGACAUUAGAUUAGACGUUGUCAUUUUAUCAACCGUUGAACCGGAUUGUGGUCGAUACAAGUUUUGGGCAGACAAUUGGAUCUAUUUGUUUGAGAAGUAUCCUGCGGACUGUUUCGUGCAAUUUAUGAUUGAAUGUUGUGGAGAAGAAGGAUCCGAAGAAUUCAAGAUGAAAGUUAUGGAAAUGUACUCGCAUGAAUUUAUUCUUGUAGCAUCAAACUAUUGCUUCAGAUUGUUGAAGAAAAUGCGAUUUUCCAAAUUAGAUCAAUUUCUCAACAUGUUUUCGUCAGAUCCUAUUAGAAUUAUGAAAACCAAGCAAAUGAUUCUACGAAAUAAUCUCGCCAAAUGGGCCAAAGAUUUUGGAAAAGGUUCGGUGUUUCCUCCGCCAAACCAGUUCGUUGAUUUCAUCGAAGGAUCGUUUGAAAGUAUUCGAUCAGCUAAGGAAUUUAAAAUAGAAAUUUUGUCGUCGCCGAGUUUUUUGAAAGCAUGUUACAAGGUUGCUGGAAGUGAUAUAUUUGAUUGGCUGAAAGAUGCUGUGUGGAUGUGUAGUUGUAACGACGAUGAUUUCAAGCUAUAUAAAAUCAAGUUUUCACGGAUUGGUGAGGAUGUGGCAGCAUGGAACUGGUCUGUUUUCAAAGAUCCCGGUUGGAUGUCGUUUUUGAAGUGGUGUUCGGCUAAGGAAGACGAUGAAUUUUGAAAAUUUUCGAAUUUUACUCUGGAAUUACCUAACGGUUUAAUUUUAUUCGUGAGAAAUGGUUUUGUUUAGUUAAGUUGAUUAGAGUAAGAUUGCGUUUCAGGGUUUCUGUUGGAUUUUUGUUUACGUAUUAAUUAAUUGCAAAUAAAAAAUACAAUUUGCAUUUCCUUU